AUGCCCACGCACCAAAGUCCAACUUCUACUAAUCAUGUUAGCAGUGGUGAAAAUUCUUCAACAAACGCAAACGGUACAUCAUCAGAGCAGCUGCAGCAAGAUAAUUAUCGACCUGUUGUAAAUUUGGAACGGAGGGAAAAACCAUCGUGGAUGAAUAGGAAAGAAUUUAAAGUAUAUGAUUUUGUGGCAGCUAGGAAAGGAAGUGAAUGGGAAUUGAAAUUGUUAAGGAUGAUUUCAUCACCUAAAGGAGUUGUUUUGAGUUUAAUGAUUUGUAAUGUAUUGGCAAUAGUAUAUGGAUUGGUUUCUUUGGAUUGGAUAGGGAAUUUGUUGAAUAUUUCAAUAGCCUUGUUUUUGUUUGUUUCUAAUAGAUCGAGUCUUGCCAAUAUUUUAAAUAAUGAGGAUACAACCAAGACAAUGGAUUGGCAUAUUCUGCUGGGAAGGGUUGUUUCGGCAACUAUACGGUAUUUCUUGUUCAAAUCGAAUAAGAUUUUGUUCAUUCCUGCUGUGAUAAUAUGGUUACUAUUUGAGAAUAAGUGGUAUUUACAAUCAACAGUUCUGGGACUGAUACCAACUCUAUAUUUUACUACACUGUUUGUUUCAUGUGGAAUUUAUACUGGGAUAGUGGACUAUAUUGCUAACGGAUUAACGGUAGACAUGAUUACUUCAUUGUGUGAAUCAUUUGGAUUGGCUGCCUCGUUUUGGAUUUUAACUUAUAGUUUGGUCAACGUAACUGGAUACCUAUCAAUGAAGGUUGAAAAGUUGGAGCAAACUAGGGCCAAAUUGGAGGAAGCUUUAACGGUCAGGAAUACAUUUCUGAGUCAUGUCUCACAUGAAUUUAGAUGUCCUAUAAUGUCAAGCAGAGGAUGCUUAGAAUUACUGAAGGAAACUAAAUUAAAUUCAUCACAAACAGAAUUAGUGGAUAUGGCCCUUUCCUCGAACAAUGUUUUACUUCUAUUAAUUGAGGAUAUUUUGCAAAUAAUUAGAAUUGAGAAUGAAACUAACCAAGAAAAAAUUGAUCAUGAAAUUAAGAAGGAAAGUUUUGAACUGGAAAAAUGUCUCUUUGAUCUUCAAAAUAUUAUUUCAGGAUAUGCAAAGCAAUUCGAAAUCAACCUAAAUUUUAUUUGUGAUUCACUCUCACAUACGAUAGUGAAAAGCAACAGAUCUUACAUUUAUCAAAUACUCUCUAAUUUAUUAACUAACUCUAUCAAGGCAUCCAAGCCUAAAUCAAAUGUAACUCUAACUGCUACUAUCUUGGAAAAGAAUGAAAAAUCAGCCAAAAUUGAAUUUAAAAUAUCAGACAAGGGAAAGGGAAUUCCUAAAGAAUUGAUUUCCAAAAUAUUUGAGCCAUUUGUCCAACUGGAUAAUAAUAAUGAAUCAAAGGUACCAAGUUCGGGAUUAGGAUUAACAACUGUUUCCAUAUUAUUAAAUCAUAUGAAAGGAACCAUUAAUGUUGACUCAACAGUUGGAGUUGGAAGUGACUUUGCUGUUACAAUACCAUUUGAACUUGCUGACUUUGUUGAUAAUGAAUCAGUAACAGUGGAACGGAUUGUAGAGUCACAAUUGACAAUUCAUGAGGAACAUUUAAGACUUUCAUCAGCUGCUUCCAGUUCCAAACAAUCAGAAAAUGAAAUCAUACUCGCAGAAGAUAAUCCAGUUAAUAGAAAAAUCCUUUUAAAAAUGCUCAGUACCUUGGGAUAUGCUGCAGAUUCAGUUUCAGAUGGACGCGAGCUUUUAGACAAUUACAAAAAUCACAAAAUUGUAUUUACAGAUAUGAAUAUGCCCAAUAUGAACGGAUUGGAAGCAGGAAAAGAAUUAAGGAGAUUAUACGGAAAUAGUUUCAAACUAAUUUUAAUCACAGGAAAUGUUCUGACGGCAGAGGAAGAACAAAGUAGAGAAAUUUUCGACAAAAUUCUCUUAAAGCCCUGUUCUAAAAAUGAUUUAAAAUUGUGUUUAGAUGGUUUGAAAUAAUGCUAAAUUUACUGUAGAGGUUUAAAUACUAAUAGUUUCAAUUACUGAAGAUUUGGAUUGAAAGAUCUGGAUUCUUGGUUUCAUUUCUAAAAGAGUGGAAUAUGCUUGAGCAAUGAAGUGGUACCUGGGAAUACGAAAAUGUAUCUACUUUGAUUAUAUGGCAGAAGAUUAAAUAGUUGAAGAUUAUGUAACUAAUGAUUGAUACUUGAAUACUUCUUGAGGUUGACAAGCUUAAGAUAUUUUAACGUUUUAAGCCUAACACAAAAACUAAUGUUAAACUUCCUUAUAAAAAAAGAAACGAUACUGGACGAUUUAAAUCGUCUUUGUGAUAAC